UCACCUAAAAUCGCAUGGUGGGUCGUUUUACGUAUGUCAGGAAACAUCAGCGAAGCUACCUGAGGUGGAAUCACAGCCAUUCGCCAAAGAUUUUUCUUGUUGUGCCUCAGACUUCUAUAUUCCACCUUUGGUUUUCGCUCGCCACGGGUCCGAUCACUCCCCCUGGCGUCCUCUUUGUCGCCCGAUUAGGGUUUCCGUCCGUCCCGCAUGGCCGCUUCUUGCUCCAAGCCGUGGAUUUCUCCACGCCUUGUCGCGAGAUUCCCUGAUUCCAAGAGGAUUACGCGCGUCCUUCCGGUCCGCUACGCCCCCAAGUGCCACGAUCUUGGACGCAGGGGAGUUCUCCCCAUUCGCUGCAGCAGCUUCGACGAGGACGCCGGGAAUGGCUCCUCCGGCGUGUACCCCGACAGGGAGAACGAGCAAUUCGUGGGCUGGUUUCGCCAGGCGUGGCCGUAUAUAAGAGGCCACAGGGGAAGCACUUUCGUCGUCGUCAUCUCGGGGGAGAUCGUGGCUAGCCCGUACUUGGAUAGCAUUCUUCAGGAUAUUUCACUCCUCCAUGGUCUGGGGAUCAAAUUUGUCCUUGUUCCUGGGACCCAUGUCCAAAUUGAUAAGCUCUUGGCAGAGAGAGGAAGCAAGGGCAGGUAUGUUGGUCGGUACCGAAUCACGGAUUCUGAUUCACUAGAGGCAGCAAUGGAAGCUGCUGGGAGGAUUCGCCUUACAAUAGAGGCAAAGCUUUCUCCAGGGCCUCCUAUAUUGAAUCUUCGCCGGCAUGGUGAUAAUAGUCGUUGGCAUGAACUUGGUGUUGGCGUUGCAAGUGGCAAUUUCCUUGCAGCUAAGAGAAGGGGUGUUGUUGAAGGUAUUGAUUUUGGAGCAACUGGUGAAGUUAAAAAAAUAAAUGUUUCCAGUAUACGAGAAAGGCUUGACAGAGAUUGCAUAGUUGUAGUAAGCAAUUUGGGUUAUUCCAGCUCGGGAGAGGUUUUAAAUUGCAACACGUAUGAAGUCGCUACUGCUUGUGCCUUAGCUAUUGAGGCAGACAAAUUGAUUUGCAUUGUAGAUGGUCAGAUUCUUGAUGAACAUGGACGACUUAUUCGUUUCAUGACUCUUCAAGAUGCGGAUUUGUUGAUCAGAAAGAGAGCUAAGCAGAGCGAGAUAGCUGCAAACUAUGUCAAAGCUGUAGGCCAAGAAGAUACUAAUUGCCCAGGUUAUAUUGAUUCGUAUAGAAGUAACAGCACAUCCUGGGAUGGGAAAGGCUCUAGUGAAAAGUAUAAUGCAACAUUUCAGAAUGGUAUCGGAUUUGCCAAUGGCAACGGUCUGUGGUCGGGUGAGCAGGGAUUUGCUAUUGGUGGUGAAGAACGGUUGAGCAGAUUAAAUGGUUACCUUUCAGAAUUGGCUGCUUCAGCAUUUGUUUGCAGGGGUGGAGUUCAAAGAGUCCAUUUAGUAGAUGGUACUCUUGGUGGGGCCUUGCUUUUGGAAUUAUUUACAAGAGAUGGAGUAGGGACUAUGGUGACUAGUGAUUUAUAUGAGGGAACUCGGAGUGCUACAGUGGCAGAUCUUCCUGGUAUAAGGCAGCUUAUUCAACCUAUGGAAGAAUCUGGUGCAUUGGUUCGAAGAACUGAUGAAGAGCUCAUCAAAUCAAUGGAUUCAUUUAUCAUUGUGGAAAGGGAUGGUUCCAUUAUUGCCUGUGCAGCACUUUUCCCUUUCUUUGAGGAUAGAUGUGGUGAGGUUGCUGCUAUUGCUGUCUCUCCAGAAUGUCGUGGGCAUGGACAAGGAGAUAAAUUGCUUGAUUAUAUUGAGAAGAAGGCAUCAUCCCUUGGACUAGAGAGACUUUUUCUGCUGACAACACGUGCUGCAGACUGGUUUGUGAGACGUGGCUUCUCGGAAUGUUCUAUUGAAUCCAUCCCGGAGGGGAGGAGGAAAAAAAUCAAUCUCUCACGUGGAUCAAAAUAUUAUAUGAAAAAGUUACAUCCAGAGCUAGGUGGAAUCACUCUAAAUAUGUGUCUGGCGGAUGGUUGGACUGGCAAGCACAGAAUAUAGGAACAGAGCUGUAGGAGAUGUACUCUUCCCAAUCGAUGAGAUGCAGAAUCUCUCUGAGAUACCUGUUGGCAUCUGUACUAAACAGGAGUUGGUGGGUAUCAUUUCUACUAUUCUACAAAAGCAAAAAAGAAGAGAGAGAGAGAGAGAAUUUUGUGGUUGAAGCAAUUAUCUUUGUCAAAAUGGCCGAUCGAAGGUGAGUGGCUUUGCUCGUGCAUUUGCAUGCUCUGCAUGUGCUUAAUUCGGAUGCCCCCUGGUAUCGAUUGAAUGGUAUAUGCCAGGUUUAAACGUCACUUGUGUUCUUCUUUGUAUACAAAUUGGGGUUGAUCUUUAGUCUCACUAAUUUUUACA